UAUAAAUGACAUCCCACCAUUCAGAGAAAAUGUCUUGUGUGUUUUGACUAAUAAUUAUAGCAUUGGAUUUUCUGCUUGUCAACUUGCCAGUUGUGUCUGUUUGACACUUUAAAACUUUUUAUUCCCUACUUUACAUAGGUGGCAGUUCUAUGCAUCUUGACUUUCUUUAUCGCUCUAGGAAAAGAAUAUGACAAUUUCAGACAAGAUAAAAUUGCCAACAGUAGAAAAUACAAUUCAAGUAUUUUGCAGUCAACUACGGAACAAGUCAAGGCUUGGAACCAAUAGUUGUGCAGUUUCUAUGUUCUAGAUUCUUUUUACAAUUCUUUCUGUUAGCCAUUGCGUUGAAAAUCCUUCAAAGGGUAACAGAAUCCACUCUUUUCUUCAAGUUUGAAACAAAACUCACAAAGUUGGAGAGGUUUUCAAGUUUCUAGGAGACAAUACAUACGUCUGUUGAGUCAAUGAGAGUGAUUAGAAACACUGACUUGAUAUUAGACAAGGGUUUUCAAACAGACUGGAAAGAUUCUCAAGUCAAAGUCGAACAAUUCACAGACAAAACUCAACUGGUCUUUCUCAAUAGAAGAAAACGUUGUUCAAAGGAAAUAGCAAGAUCAUCUUUCCUCGUGGUUUUUUGUGGUCGCAGUUUUGUAGAUAUGCUUUUCUUGUUCACGGCUUUAUAUCCAGGCCUGUUUUUAGAAUUGUCUAAACCACUACUAGUGUAUGUGGAUAAUGUGGUACUACAAACUCACGAGUUGAUCAAUGACUUGUGAUUCCUUUUGUUCUGUUCUAUUAAUAUUUCUAGUACAACCUUUUGUCUGCUAUAAAAUUUCUUUGCUUGUA